ACAAGCCCUUAACGAUAAACAUAAGAUUCCUCGCCUCGCCACCCCCAAUUUAAACAAGAACGAACAAAUUUGCUCAUCUCCGCUGCGAUUAUGACUAAGCAAUCUCAAUUAUAAAUUCUCACACUCCUUGCCCCCUUUUUAUCGCAUGAUCGAGUCUUAUUCCUGUAUCAGUAUAUCUUCUUCAUUCAGAAUUGGAAAAUUAGAUUGAUACUCAACAAUGGGUAGUGCUUCAUCAAUGUUGACUCAGUAUGAUAUUGAGUUAGUUCAAGAGCACUGUAAUUAUCUAUUUGGUCAGCAGGAAAUAGUGUGCCUGUACAAGAGAUUUUGCCAAUUAGAUAGAAAUGCAAAGGGUUUCAUAUCUGCAGAUGAGUUCUUAUCUGUACCAGAGUUUGCAAUGAAUCCAAUUUCUCAGAGAUUGAUUAAGAUGGUAGACGGGUUGAAUUUCAAGGACUUCGUCGCGUUUUUGUCCGCGUUCAGUGCUAAAGCAACUUUACCGCAGAAAAUCGAGAGUAUACAUUCUUUAAAUCCUCACACUUCGGCUAAAUUUUAUAUUUUGUUAGUUGAUUUCUAAUCAGUGUUGAUUUUCCUAACAAUCGACAAUUUAUAUUCAAUGUUCGAAAAAAUUUCACUUCGUGUCAGUGAAAACGGAGCUUUCUCAAUUAAAAUGAUUUUAGCCUAAUGGUCGAAUAUCCCGAUAAUGUUUAAUUGGAGAAUAUGUCUAGUAGCUUCUUCCACUUGCUCGUUUUCAACAAAUGUAAGUUUAUCAUCAAUUUGGAUGAUGCAAAUUUUGAAAAUAUCAGACUGAAUUUCGUCGAAU